UAGCAGCGUACAAGAUGGAGUCCGUAAACAAAGCUGGACAUCUUAUGAGUCUUGCAGCUUUACAACAAUAUGAUCCAUAUAUAAACAAACUUCUCGACUUAACCGGGCAGGUAGCACUGUACACGUUCAACUCUAAGGCUAAUGAAUGGGAAAAGACCGACAUUGAAGGCACCUUGUUUGUCUACUCCAGGUCAGCAUCUCCUCAUCAUGGGUUCACUAUCAUGAAUCGUUUGAGCACUGAGAACCUGGUGGAACCUAUAAAUAAAGACCUGGAAUUCCAGUUACAGGACCCUUUCCUCCUCUACAGAAAUGCCAAUUUGGGAAUAUACAGUAUCUGGUUCUAUGAUAAGAAUGACUGCCAGCGCAUAGCCCAGCUGAUGGUGAAGAUCGUGAAGGAGGAGGCUUUGCGUGCGCAGCAGACCUCUCCCGAUCGAGCAGUUGCUGGGCGCACCAAUGGGUGCGUGGAAACGCGUCCCAUUGACAUCCUGGAGCUCCUCAGCAAAGCCAAGGAAGAGUACCACCGGAGCCAGUCUGGUGACUCGGAGCCCUGUGGGGGUACUGAUGCAGGGCAGAAGCAGGAUGCAGCAAAGAACCCUGCAGAGUCCACAGAGCGCAGGGCCAACUCGGCACCUCAGGAGAAGACCCCACACACAGUUGUGAAACAGAUAACGGUGGAGGAGUUGUUUGGCAGCUCCCUACCGAAAGACCCAGCACCCGCCUGCCCCCCGGGCCCCAGCGUCGCUGAUGCCUCCCAGCCGCCCGAGGGCUUCCUGCACGGACGCCCCUACGGCGCGCCGGCUCCUCCGCUGGAGCCUCUGCUCACCCCGCGCCUCGCUGCGCCCGACCCCGGGGGGAGCGAGCGGCCGCUCAUCCCCGGCCUCGUCCCCCUCCUCCAGCCCGCCGGUCCCCGGGAGCCCCAACAGACGUCCGUCUCCCCUCGGCUGGUGCCACCGCCUGGGCCGGAGCCGCUGGUUAACCUGGGUCCUCCGCCACCUGUCUCGCACGGUCCACCUGGACCUCCGGCCCCGCCGGCGGCCUACAUGAGCCCCUCCAAACCCGACGGCCACCCGCUCUCCAUGCCCCCCCUCGCCCCCAGCUUUCUCACCAACUCACUGGUCACUCCUCAGAGCUUCAGAGAGCCUGUACCCAAGCCAACAUCCUUUGGCGGCGUGCCUACCGCACCUGUUCAGUCAAAUAAAGAAGUGGAUGUGUUUGCACAAUCUCAGAGUCUGGUGAAAAACAUUCCCCUGGUCUCAAUGAAGGCAGGCCUGGUAGUCCCAGGACCUGAGCCCUCCUUCCUCCUCUCACCAAGUGCAUUCCAGCAUUCCGUAUCCAAAACGGCAGAGACGCCCAGAGCCCAGGCCCAGCCGUCAUCCCCCCCAGCCAGUCGAGGAGGCGGAGAUCACCAACACCAAGCCUCGGCUGUCCUCAGCAAGCACCAGCUCCAAGACACUCUUGUCCACCUCAUCAAGAAUGACCCUCGUUUUCUCAGCGCAAUCCACGAGGCCUACGUCCAGGGUGUCGCCAAAGACUUCAACAACAUGAAACUCUAACCACACUAAGGCCCUGGACUGAAGCGGGCAGGCAGGGUAGGAGGGAGGAAGGGAGCGAGGGAGGGAGAGGUGCCCCUCUGUUGCUGAAGGGACAGCUGCUUCGUCCAGCCCAGGCCGCAACCGAGGCCUCGUCGCGCUGGUUUAGCGGGGUCAGACGAGAGAGCGCACGUGUGUGUGGCUAGCUGGCACUGAAUCUGGGUCACUGACUGGUCACUCCCAAACGUGCGCUCACACACACACACACACACACACACACACACAAACACACACACACACACACACCUCUACGCUUCACAACACAUACACUCUACGGGGACAUAGUCCACGUCACAAGGACCGGGACUGGGGUUGCCAGGGCAACGUCAGUGAUGGUCUCACCUCUGAGGGCAUGCCAGUUUAGUCACCAACUUCAUAGCGUGAGCAAAGCGUUUGAAUCGCAGUUUCAAUGGCUGUUUCAAGUGUGUCCUGCAAGGAGCAGUUCUUGUGUGUUCAAUGCUGCUGCAUUUCUCUCCCCCCCUCCCCCCGGUUCUCUCUGUGUUUGUUUCUUUCUUUCUCUCUCUUCUCGUGUUCUCUUAGUUUUUCUUAUCCCCCUUUUUCCAUACCUGUCUUUCCUCUGGCAUCAGGUUCCCUCUGGCCUUCUGUGUAAAGUCCCCUUUUUUGCACUCCGCUGACAGCAUUUUCCCAACUGUGAGGGAACUUGUGCAAUAUGAAGUCAUGCUUUGUGGGGUUUCUGUAGUCCCUGUACAAAAGGCUAGGAUGUUGUUUCUGUAGAGAGAUAUUUUUUUGUUUUUUUUGUCAAAGGUUAAGAUUUAGGGCAUGAGUGAUUUUGGUUUUAAGUCUCCUGGCUGUAGACUUUGCAGUAGUGAAUACUGCAUCUCACAACUAACCGCAAUCUGUGCACUAGACCAGCUGAACUAAGGAGGAUUGUUUACAAAUGCCUGAAUUGAUUUCAAAAAAAAGUUUUUAAUUGAUUUGAAAGGGAAUUUGGUUCCUUUGGUGAGUGAAUGACUGGUACCAUCUCCCAUAUGAAUUCAUUUUGUAUGGUAACUGGAAUUAAACUUUUCUUAAUAUUAAAUAUGCCGCAGGUAGGAAUGCACAGCUGCACUAAGGUAGGCGUGCAAACCAUGAGGUUGAUCCUUUUAGGUCAACAAAUUCUACAAAUGAAAGUCAUUGAAAAGCACUGGCCACUACAAUUAUUUAGGGGAAUCAGUCAAGCACUUGAUAUGCCAAAACGACACUGAAACUGAAUGGCUAUUAAUUAUUAAUCUGCCUUAUGUUCAUCUCAUUGAUUUUUGUGAUACAAAUAUAAUGAGUUUUGAUCAUCCCAAUAAAAAAAAGCCUGCAUCAUCCUUUUGUUUUUACGUGCUGUGUUAGUGUGCAAUAUAGCAUUUGGCCAUAGGAGAUUUCAUGACAAAUAUUACAAUUCAACUCUAUCCAGCAGUCAAGCUAGCAAUUAUUCAAAGAACGGGAGGAAAGGGAGAUGUUUUUGAUAAUCAAAGUGGUUGUACACUUGUGUAUACAUGUGCUUGUGCCAUAUGUUAACAUUUUUUAUAAUGCCGUAAUGAUCAUUUUGAGCUUAUGCUUUUGAUUGUUGACCAAAUUGGUUUGAAAAACGGAAAGACAAAGUUGUCGUGUUGAUCCCUUUUGAUAUAUUGGUCAGGCAUUGGUAUUGUCCCCCCCCCCAAAGUAAAUCUUUCUCCUCUGAAAAGAUCUUCAGUUGACCCAAUGGCCAAUGUGGCUUUUAUGUUUCUUAGUGGUUUAUCUCAAAUGAAUGUGGACAACAUUUUCUCAGAUGGUUGUCUUUAAGUGCUGAGCAGCUAAUGUGUUUUGGUGUGCCAUGUAACCGAUGAUGACGGUAAAAAGACGAUUGUAUUUGGUUGACAUACAUAUUCAUUCUAUACUAUAUGACUGCCCUGAAAAGCACAGUAGACAUAGGCUACAAUACAUAUUCAACAGUGGAAUGAUCUAUAUGUUUCUUCCUCUUUUACAAAACUUGAAUGUCAUUCAAACGUAAAUACUGUAAAAUGGCUUUAUGUGUUUACAAAAAUGAAUACUCCAGUGAAGUGCAUUUUGAAGGCUGUGUUAUUUGGCAGACAAAAGUGUAAGACAUAUAAACCUGGAGCCAGCCGUAGUACUCCCCUUGUUUGGCAAUAGCAAUUUCUGUCUCUAAGGAACUUAAGAAAACUAUUCCAAUUAUACCAAUAAAAAGUUCU